AUGGCGAUGAAGAACAAAAUGACAGAUUUUGAAAACAAUCUGUACAAAAUCCUCAAGAGUGGGAAGCUGGAGGUGAAACUCUCAUACUGUAGAUUCACAUGUCCUUAUUGCCCCAAGAAGAAGGUUGGUCUCUACAUUGACAUCCUCCAACACGCUUCUGGAGUUGGCAAUAGCAGCUCCAAGAAAAGAAGUGUCACAGAGAAAGCUAGCCACCGUGCUCUCGCCAGAUACCUUGUCAAAGAUCUUGCAAACUACGCCACAACUUCAAUAUCCAAGCGCUUCUUAAGAGCCUCUACAGGAUCAUCAUCCACGCCUGCUAAGAAUCCGCUAGUUGAUAAUGAUGAUGAUCAGUUCGAGAAACUUGUGUGGCCUUGGAAAGGCAUUGUGGUGAAUAUUCCCACAACGGUGACACAAGAUGGUUUGUGUGUUACUGGGGAGAGUGGACCACAGCUUAAGGAUGAACUGAUUCGGAGAGGGUUUAACCCGGUUAGAGUUCGUACCGUGUGGGACUGUCUCGGUCAUUCAGGAGCCGGAAUAGUUGAGUUUAACAGAGACUGGAAUGGGCUUCAUGAUGCUUUGGUGUUCAAGAAGGCUUAUCAAGAAGAUGGUCAUGGGAAAAAGGAUUGGCUGUGUGGUGCUGCUGACUCGAGCCUUUACGCAUGGCUUGCUAAUACUGAUGAUUACUAUAGGGCUAACUAUGUAGGAGAGUACUUGCGGAAGAUGGGUGACCUCAAAAGUAUUUCUAAGUUUGCUGAAGAAGAGGCCAGGAAAGACCAAAAGCUUCUGCAGCGACUGAGAUUUAUCUCUGUGAACAGACAAAAUCAUUUGAAGGUGCUAGAGGAAAGGUUUUCAAAGACUUCUGUCAAACUUAAGGUUGAGACUGAAGAGAAAGAAAAGAUUCUCCAUGCUUACAAUGAAGAUCUCACGGGAAGACAACAAAGAUCUAGUGAUCACUUCAAUAGGAUCUAUGCUGAUCAUGAGAAGCAAAAGCUGCAGCUGGAGUCUCAGAUGAAGGAACUUAAAAUUAGAGAAUCGGUCUUGGCAAAACGUGAGGCAGAGACUGAAACACAGAGGAAGAUAGUUGCAAAUGAGCUUGAACAGAAUGCUGCUAAAUAUAGUUCCGUUCAACUAGCUGCCGUGGAACAGCAAAAGACCAGAGAGAAAGUGAAAAAAUUGGCUCUAGAUCACAAGAUGCAAAAGGAAAAGCUUCAUGAGAGAAUUGCUACACUAGAAAGAGAGCUUGAUCAGAAACAAAAGCUUGAGCUGGAGGUCGAGCAACUGAAAGGACAGCUGAGUGUGAUGAGGCACAUGGAAUCGGACGAUAGUAUUGAAAUUGUGAACAAGGUGGAGACGUUCCUCAGAGACCUUAGUGAGAAGGAAGGAGAGCUUGCACACGUAAAUAAAUAUAAUCAAGAUCUUGUGGUACGGGAGCGGAAGAGCAAUGAUGAGCUUCAAGAAACUCGAAGAGCAUUGAUAAGCAAUUUGAGAGACACAAGAUCGCAUAUUGGCAUUAGGAGAAUGGGGGAGCUUGACACCAAACCGUUCCUGGAAGCAAUGAGAAGAAAGUAUUGUCAAGAAGACCUAGAGGAUUGGGCAGUUGAAGUUAUCCAGCUCUGGGAGGAAUAUCUUAAGGACCCAGAUUGGCAUCCUUUCAAACGGAUAAAGCUUGAGACUACUGAAACAUUAGUGGAAGUAAUAGAUGAGGAAGACGAGAAGUUAAGAACGUUGAAGAAUGAACUUGGGCAUGAUGCAUACCAGGCAGUGGCAAAUGCAUUGCUGGAGAUAAACGAGUAUAAUCCGAGUGGAAGGUACAUCUCCUCAGAGCUGUGGAACUUUAAAGAAGAAAAGAAGGCUACGCUGGAGGAGGGUGUUACUUGUUUACUGGAGCAAUGGAAUCAGGCAAAGCGUCAUAACUCAUAA